AUGUCGGCUAACGGGUUGUAUAACCCGGAUCAAAGUGCUGUGAACACGCGUUGGAUAGAGCCAUGGAGCGAAGCGUUUAGAGCACAACGAGAUGUCGGACUUCGUGUACCGAUCAACUUUCAGACUGUUUCAGCCGUAUCGCUGGCACAGGCGUGUUUUGCGCAAAACCAGUACGAACAUAAUGCUUUCCAAAAAUGCUUUUCAAACUUGUUGGCUGUCGGCGUCCGGAAAUUCACAGUCGAUACGUAUUGGGAUCCGCUGCGUUCAGUAUGGAGUUUGUGCCCAGUUGAGCUGCCUCAGUCGAAUGAAGAUACAUCGGCUGAAGGAAAUCUGCCUGUGGCGACUGGGCCGACAAUAGCGCCAUCAAGUGAUAGUAUGAGUGCGGAGAUUCCGCUGUCUACAUUCGAUCCUCCACGCAAUGCAAGAAAGCGUCAACAGACAUCCACAUCGGUUUCGGUGUCUGCAGAUCUAUCGUCGAGUUCGAUAGCUGUCGCGUCUUCGGUCGCAUCCUCAACUUCCUCAGCUUCGACGAGUGCAGCAACACCAACCAUAGUCGAUUUCCCAAACCCCAAUGGACCGCCGCUUUUGCAAAUCGGGAGUUACAAUUGCACGUCUCUGAUGACGCUAGACUUACUUACCGGCAUACUAGAGAAGUUCCUCGAAAUAACAGCUACUACAACUAGUGCAGCGACAACUAUGUUCACUUUCAACGUACAUGCUGCUUCAUCUAUCACCGAUCCAGACGCUCCAGCUCCGAACCUGUCUCCGAAUCAACUUCCUCAAUCUGGGCAAUUGCUCAGCGAUGUGUUGCAAGGUAAUCUUUCUGAUGACACAUUCACUCCGUCUACUUUGGCCGACCAACGUGCGAACUUGAAUAGCUCGUGGUAUAACGUCGAUUGGAAUAAUCGUCCACUCAUGGGUUACUACGAGAACUCCAAGAAUGCUGACGGACACUUGUUCACGGAAAGUGGGUGGCCAAACGAAGCUUACAUGGAAUUCAAGCAGCUAUAUCGACUUGUCACUAGUUAUGGCACCGUUGCCCCGCAGAUGUCGAAUUAUAACACAGGACCAGAUCUCGACUACGUCUUCCCUCCUGGAACCAUUGCCGAUGAAAAGACACCAUCAGUUGGCACGGAUGGACGUGUGACUUCCGGUUGCUUGUUUUCUUCUUCCGACAACAUCGUUACUUCGACAACGAACUCAUCUUGGGCCCUUGCCGAAGUUCCAUCACUCGAUAUCAACGCAAAUCCAGACCUCUCCUCGACUAUACCCUCGGUCACUAACUUUACCGCUUGUGGUAUAACCCCCUUCCUCAAUCAAACCCUCGGAGACACGACUGCGGACAAGAAUCCCUUGCCUUAUGCCGCAUAUGUACAGUCUACAUUAUGGUCGUUCGCGCCUGGUCAGCCCCUCAAUUCCUCUGAAGAGGGGGACGACACUAAUGACAACCGCUGCGUCGUCAUGAUGAUGAAGCCACCCUACGCAGGGCGCUGGCGCGUAGAAGACUGCAACCAACACCAUCGUGUGGCCUGUCACGAUCCCCGACAACCUUAUGACUGGCGUAUCUCUGACGAUUCAACUUACUAUCGCAACGCCGAAUACUAUUGCAAAGACCCAUAUCGAUUUAAUGUCCCACACACUGCGCUGGAAAACUCGCACUUGUUUUCUGCAUUCCAGGCCGCCGCUCCUAAUGAUGACGCGCUUUACAUCAACUUGAACGCUUUAAGUGUGCCAGACUGCUGGGUCAUUGGACUCAAUGGGACGUGUCCGUACCUUCCUACGACAGACACAAAUCAUUUGAAUAUGUCCGGUGCUACUAUAUCGUCGAACAAGAAAAUUCCUAGUAAAGACGAAUUGCCUGAGAAGGAGUUGACUCAGCUCAAGAAGAAACUCGAGAAAAAAGAGAAGAAGAACCCAGGAAGUACGUUAACAGACUGUCCCGCUUGCGCGGUGAAGGCUUUAGCCCAGUUCUACUGGGGUAUCCAAAAUCUCAAUGCUGGUGAACCUAUCAGUCUACCCUUCAACAAUGCAGAGCUAAACAGAGUUCAUCAAGUCGACAACAUGCUGCGACAAUUUACACCAGGAGCAGACACUGGGGCAGGGAACGCACAAGAGGACCCGGAGGAGAUGCAAACGCGACUAUUAACGGCAUGUCUCGAGUCUGUUAAUUACCAUCUCAAUGAAAAUACGGCCUGGAAAGCUCGCUACGAAGCCCUGUUCAUACUGCAACAAGAGUGCUUCUGGAAUUGUCCAUGCGGUUCUCAGCAGGUUCCCCUAAACAAUCCCGCCCCCGACAGUAUCGGUUUCAACAACAUCGCGAUCCUCUCUAACGGCACACCAGACAGCCUUGAAGAAGCUAUGAGACGAGAGUUCGAACCAGUUCCACUCAAUACCUUCCACUGUACCAGCUGUAACAGCACGCAGCAAAGAAGGCAGUCUACACGUAUUGAAGGAUCACCAGAAUAUCUCCGCAUCAAACUCAGUAUCGUCAACAGCAACGGUACACCGAACUUGAAUCCCGUGAAUCUUCCCGAAGUUCUGAAUCUGUCUGAAUAUCAAGCUGUUGGUGACGACCCACCGCCUCUCAUGUAUCGAUUAAGCAGUGUACUUGCUCACGGCGGUACACACAAUGCAGGUCACUGGGUUGCGAGCGUACGUGGCCCUCAGAAUGUCUUCUACAUCAACGAUCAUUCUGUCCUUCAGCGAAGUUUAGUAGAACUGAGGGCGAACCCCCAAGUUUAUGGGGGUACUGAUAUGCAAGCUGUCGUUCUGAUGUACAAACGCUUUGAGAAGAAGCUCUAG